AUGAUUAUGAUGAUCAUCAUCAUUAACAUCAGCAGUUAUCUCCCCUCGUUUCCCCCUUAUCAGCAGCAGCAGCUGCAGCAUCCCCCUCCUCCUUCACCUCCUGCUCAUGAUCAGGAAGCAGAUGCUGUAAUCGCCAUGUGUGUUUGUGCAGGGUUAUGUCGUGACACAGACAUCAAAUGCUACCCCAACGUAGGGGACCAGGGCUGGUACGCGGACAGGUGCGACGGCACUCACUCCUUCGUCAUCAACGGAUGUCCGUACAUGUGUGCCUUAUGCAAGCACGAGCUGUAUACCGAGGCUAAUCUCCAUUUCACGUUCGAUGAGAUCACGGCUGGAACGUUUUCAGAGAGUCAAACGAAGGGUCUUCGGCAGACAGAGGUGGUCAGUCAGCACGUUACGGUGGACCCUGGUGGGCGCUCUGGCGGGAUGCUGUCCAUCAACUCUUCUGAAUGCUUGGACAUUGGUUCAUUUGCUGGCACGUGUGUGAGCGACCCAGGGCUCUGCUCGUCAGGGGUGACGUAUGGAUUCUUCUUCAGAUUACUGCAACCAGGAACUGACGUAACCAUCAUUACUUCCGGAGCCCAUAAUGCGUCGAGGGGGGUGUACAUUGGCUAUAACGCAACAAGCAGGAUGUAUGAGAUGGCGCUGAAGACAUCCGGUGAAGUAUAUAGCGCACAGAUUCCUGAAAAUGUCGUGAACCUAACCCGGACACGGCUAGUUCAUCUCGCCUUCACCUGGAGUCCAUCUACAGGUGUGAAGGUGUAUAUCAAUGGCGGCCUCGUGAAGUCGGCGUCGGGAGUGCACCAGUCGACAAUAAGCGACUCCUACACCAGGCUUAGGGUUGGCUGCAAGGAGCUAAGUGACGUGUGGGGCGAGUGUCUCAAGAUGGAUGAGCUGGCGCUGUGGACGAGGGAGCUGACAGCGCUGGAGAUCCAUCUGAUCAGCCACCCAGGUGUGGACACGACUACCAGACGUACAGCGUCGACUUCAACAGUGACGCCCAGUCAUCACGUGACAACCCCCAUCGUAAACACCUCGGACACGUUGUCAGAGUUCCUGGCGUUCAGCUCCACGCUCAAGGAAACUCUGAACUGUAGCAGCGUGGUGGACGUUAGCAACAUCCUCGACAAUCUGUCGACAACACCGCUCAUAAGCACCCUCUCCAAAGACGACACCGCACAUCUGAUCUCGAGCGUCAGCGACAUUGUUGAUACCCUCUUACGGCCCGACAACCACGACGCCUGGGAACAGUUCUCAGAAGAUGACCCGGAGGCGCUGCCGUCUCUGGUGCAGUCUGUAGACAAAGUGCUGGGGAGGAUCACGGACCACCUCCUGGACGGGUGUACCGACAUCAACAUCCAGCACAGGAGGGAUAACUUCGGUAAGGUGGCACAGUACACGGUGGUGCUACAUAGAACACAGCUACUGCAGCACAGGAGAGAUAACUUCGAGGUGACGGUAAAGUCCGCCCUGCAGCCGGUGGAGCGUCUGAUGUUCAUGUCCGAGGGUUCUAUGGUGCUGUCCACCCAUGCAGACAGAAACGUCGCCCUCGUCAGUAACGUCUUCAGAGGCAUCGGCGAGAUCUUCCCCACCAACUACAACGCUACAUGGCCGGAAGAUACCCCAGGGGGCCAGGACGAUUCCAGAUGGUCAGAUAUUGGAUGCAACACAGUUGUCACAGACACUGGAGUUACCUGCUCUUGCAAUCAUCUGACAAACUUCGCCAUACUGAUGCAGGUUGUUGAUGUUGAGUUAUCCCCCGUCGACAAGCAGGCUCUGGAGGUGAUCACGUUUGUGGGGUGCACGCUGUCCCUGCUGGGGGCGAUACUCACAGUCCUAACAUUCCUGUUUCUCAAGAUCUACACAGACCGGGUUCUGAUCCAUCUGAAUCUGGCAGUGUCAAUCAUCGGCGCCCAGAUCCUACUGCUGCUGGAGGAGGCCGUCGCCCGGGGGACGUCUGCGUGUGUAGGGGUAACGGUUCUCCUGUACUACUUUAACAUGGCGGCGUUCAGCUGGAUGUUGGUGGAGGGAGUGCAGCUCUUCAUGCAGAUUGUCGUCGUCUUCACCGCUGCGAGCAGGAUGAAGGUGUUCUACGCUAUAGGAUGGGGGUUGCCCUUCCUGGUCGCCGGUGUGCUUCUCCCCAUAUUCCACGAGAACCUCGGACAGUUUGGCGUGUGAGUGAAUCGCUAAUGUGUUUAGAACGUGUACGGCAUAUCAUUUUAUUGAAAUAUGUAGUAUUACAAAGUAAAUAAUCACAUUUUAACGUGUAAGUUAUAACAUAAUUACUCAAAGUCAAGGAUUUGUUGUUUUCGUCAACUUUCCUCGUGUG